AUGCAAUCCAAUUCAGCCCGAAAUUCUUCAAAGAAGCCUACAAUUGCCAUCGAUCUCCAUCCGGUCAAAAUCGCCAUCGUCGGCGCAGGCAAUGUCGGGGCUUCUACCGCUUACGCUCUUCUUCUGAGUGGUCUCGCAGCCGAAAUCGUCCUGAUCGACCUUAAUCGACGCAAGGCCGAAGGAGAAGUAAUGGACUUGAACCAUGCAGCUCCCUUCUCACACCAGACCAAGAUCACACUUGGUGAUCUUGAAGACUGCUCUGAGGCAGCGAUUGUCAUAAUCACAGCUGGCGCAAACCAGAAGCCCGGACAGUCGCGGUUGGAUCUCUUACGGAUCAAUGCCAAAAUCAUCGAGGACAUUGUUCCAAAAGUCACGCAAAUGGCCCCGUCCACCAUCCUUCUUAUAGCGAGUAACCCAGUCGAUGUCUUGACCUUCCUGAGCUGGAAAUUGUCUGGGUUCCCGCCGAGCCGCGUGAUCGGGUCCGGUACCGUUCUGGACACCGCACGCUUGCGCGACACUCUAGGCCGACGAUUGGAUGUUGACCCGAGUAACAUUCAUGCAGACGUUGUUGGGGAGCAUGGUGAUAGCGAAUUGCCAGUGUGGUCGCGGGCCAAUAUAUCAGGUAUCCCGUUGGCGGAGUUUUCCCAGCAGGCUGGUCAGGAUGCAAAGGAUAUCAUGAAACAAUCAUUCCAAGACACCAGGAAUGCUGCUUAUGAGAUAAUCAAGCUGAAAGGCAUGACGGACUAUGGUAUCUCUGCUGGCUUGGUGAGGAUCGUGGAGACUAUACUCAGGAAUGAGAACACGCUUAUGACUGUGUCAACGGCUGGAACCUUUGCAGGCGUGAGUGAAAUCGCGUUGAGCAUGCCGAAAAAGGUAAACCGAACCGGGGCCCACCAUGUUAUCGACAUCAAGCUGUCUGAAGAAGAAAGUCGGGAGCUGGAAAAGUCGGCACACACUAUCAAAUCUAGCAUAGAAUCUUUGAAGUCAUAA